GGGAGGAGCUAAGAGGCGCGCGGUGGCUCGCUACCCAGCAGAGCUGGCUCUGUCGCCGCACCACCAGCUGCGGCUCUGGGACCUGCGGAUUGAGCCGGGGCCGGGAGCCGCCCGUGGCAGGGCUCGAGAGAGCGGGGCCCCACCAUGAGGCUCCAGCCCCUCGGGAGCCCCUGUGCUCCCCUGGCCCCAGACACACCGUGCUAGCAGCCCCAGGCAGGGCAGGGGCAGGCGCAGGGCCAUGGCCAGCCACGUGGACCUGCUCACAGAGCUGCAGCUGCUGGAGAAGGUGCCGACGCUGGAGCGCCUGCGCGCAGCCCAGAAGCGCCGGGCUCAGCAGCUGAAGAAGUGGGCACAGUAUGAGCAGGAGCUGCUUCACCGCAAGCGCAAGCAUGAGCGGAAGCGGAGCUCGGGUGGCCGUCGCAAGAAGGUGUCCUUCGAGGCCAGUGUGGCGUUGCUGGAGGCCUCGCUGAGGAAUGACGCCGAAGAAGUCCGCUACUUCCUGAAGAACAAGGUUAGCCCUGACUUGUGUAACGAAGACGGACUCACAGCCUUGCACCAGUGCUGCAUUGACAACUUUGAAGACAUUGUCAAGCUGCUGCUUUCCCACGGCGCAAACGUGAACGCCAAGGACAACGAGUUGUGGACGCCUUUGCACGCUGCAGCCACCUGUGGCCACAUCAACCUGGUGAAGAUCCUCGUUCAGUAUGGGGCUGACUUGCUUGCUGUCAACUCUGAUGGGAACAUGCCAUACGACCUCUGCGAGGAUGAGCCCACCCUGGAUGUCAUUGAGACCUGCAUGGCGUACCAAGGCAUCACCCAGGAGAAGAUCAAUGAGAUGCGGGCAGCUCCCGAGCAGAAGAUGAUAUCAGACAUCCACUGCAUGAUCGCAGCGGGCCAGGAUCUUGACUGGAUAGACGGCCAGGGUGCCACGCUGUUACACAUAGCUGGGGCCAAUGGAUACCUGCGGGCAGCUGAACUCCUCCUGGACCAUGGAGUCCGUGUGGAUGUGAAGGAUUGGGAUGGCUGGGAGCCUCUGCAUGCAGCAGCCUUCUGGGGACAGAUGCCAAUGGCAGAGCUGCUGGUGUCCCAUGGAGCUAGUCUCAGUGCCAGAACAUCCAUGGAUGAGAUGCCAAUAGAUCUGUGUGAGGAGGAGGAGUUCAAGGUUCUGCUGUUGGAGCUUAAACACAAGCACGAUGUGAUCAUGAAGUCCCAGCUGAGGCACAAAUCGUCCCUGAGCCGGAGGACAUCCAGUGCAGGCAGCCGUGGGAAGGUGGUGCGUCGAGCCAGCCUGUCAGACAGAACCAACCUGUACCGCAAAGAGUAUGAGGGAGAGGCCAUCUUGUGGCAACAGCGGAGUGCAGCCGAGGACCAGCGUACUUCCACCUACAAUGGAGACAUCAGGGAGACCAGGACAGACCAGGAGAACAAGGACCCGAACCCCAGGCUGGAGAAGCCUGUGCUGCUCUCAGAAUUCUCUACCAAGAUCUCACGGGGAGAAGUGGAUGGGCCUGUGGAGAAUGGCCUCCGGGCGCCUGUCAGCACCUACCAGUACGCGCUGGCCAACGGGGACAUAUGGAAGAUGCACGAGAUGCCUGAUUACAGCAUGGCCUACGGCAACCCCGGUGUGGCCGAUGUCCCCCCACCCUGGGGUGGCUUCAAGGAGCAGAGCCCCCAAACGCUCCUGGAGCUGAAGAGGCAGAGGGCCGCCGCCAAGCUGCUCAGCCAUCCAUUUUUAAGCACGCAUCUGGGCAGCAGCGUGGCCAGGUCAGGGGAGAGCAGCAGUGAAGGCAAGGCCCCUUUGAUCGGAGGCAGAACUUCCCCCUACAGCAGCAACGGGACCUCAGUGUAUUACACGGUCACCAGCGGGGACCCCCCGCUCUUGAAGUUCAAGGCCCCCAUGGAGGAGAUGGAGGAGAAGGUCCACGGCUGCUGCCGGAUCUCCUAGUGUCUGUGAGCUGGAAGAGAUGGCUGCCUCAGAGAGAGGCCCCUGGAAUCCAAGCCAGUCCAACAGCCCUGGCUGGGGAGGUGUCAGAGGGCAGCCGGGGAGAGGUGGGAUCUGCUUUCCAGAGGAAUGUUGACCUCACCUCAUGCCCGGCUGCCCAUAGCAUUUCUGCUCCCCUCUGUGCUGCUUUCUUGCCUCCAAGCCUGCAUCCGAAGCAUAGCAGCCCCGACUCACUCUGCAAUCUGUUUCGGGGAGGGUGGGCCUGAGAAUCUCAGUUCUGUACUUGGUAAAGGCUUCUUCAUACCAGGGCUAACACACUCAGCCCUUCACACACACACACACACACACACACACACACACACACACACACACACACACACACACA